AUGCACCGACGACAGAAAAGCAAAGAUGAAAUUCUCUCACUCGAUGACAAGUAUCAGCAUUUGGGAAAAAAAACAAUGAUCAACUUUUUCUUGAUAUUAUUGGCGUUUGUCAUAACUUGGAUUCCAGCCUUUAUUAAUCGACUCAUUGAAUCCAUCGUUAUGGCGCAAAGGCCAUCAGCAACCAUGAUUUCUGGAAUAUUUUGGCUGGAUCUUGUUCAGGCCAUUACCAAUCCGCUUCAAGGGUUCCUUAAUAUGGUAUUGUAUGGUCAUCACUUUUUUGGAAAAUAUAGAUUGUACUUCUGCCCUAGAAAGAAAAAUAUGAAAAAAGCGUCUUCUAAAGUGUCACUUAUAAGUGCUGACAGUGGUAAUAAUGAUUAUCAAAACAGGCAUCGCCAAAUAUCUCCAGAUCGAGACAAGAAUCAUUUGAAUGUUGAAACAUUGGACGAAAUCAAAUUUGGUGUUAUUUACACGGAAGGGACCAUAAAGGUUGACUCACCCACAUCAGAGCAUCAACAUCUAGUUCCAAAAUCUGUCUAUUACUAUCACAUGGAUGCCCCUUAUGAAGUUCAAGAGGAUUCCGAUGAAGAGGACAGAGCUCAUUUUAAUAAUGCUGGAUAUGGCCAGACUGGUCCAACGUUGCUCGUUCCAAACUAUUUUACAAGUGGAGGUGUUGGUGACCAACCACUCUAUUCAUCGUAUGCAAGCAGUGGCGGCAAUGCUGAUAAUGGAUUGAGAAUUAUCACCCAACAAGACACACCGAACAGUUUAGGAGCUGGCCACUAUACAUACUCCACAACAUUAGGGCAAAGCAAUCAUGACAGUUUGCAACAGCAACAUAUUCGUUUUAUGCCAAAUGGAUUUUCUGUGGAGCACAAUGGAAGUGUUAUUGAUGAAUAUCACAAUAGACUCGAUGAAUUUUUAGACUAA